AUGGACCACGAUCACGUCCCCCAUGAUAUGCAUGAUGACACCCUCGGCGGCAUCGAGGGUUCGCCGAACAUGGCCAACAAUGGCUUCGGAGGCGCAAGGUCGGAUCGAAACCAUCGGCAAUCACAGUCCCUAGAUCAAGGUCUCACAAACUCCCCGCGAGCCGUCGACGAUAUGGACCCGACAGCGCGAUACACAACUCCCCCCAUUCCUCACCCACAAGCAUCUUCUAUCUCUCGACCGGCAUCCGGUCUCUCAGGCCAAGGCUACCCAGACCAUGCGUCGCGCACGAGCGGCGGUGCGGCCGAGCAGAGCAAUGGGAAUGGAAGGAACCACGUGGUGAUCAAAGUUGGCAUGGUCGGCGAUGCGCAAAUAGGCAAGACGUCGCUGAUGGUCAAGUACGUCGAGGGCAGCUGGGACGAGGACUACAUCCAGACACUAGGCGUCAACUUCAUGGAGAAGACGAUUAGCAUCCGGAACACCGAAAUCACCUUCAGUAUCUGGGACUUGGGUGGCCAGCGAGAAUUCGUCAACAUGUUACCUCUAGUGUGCAAUGAUGCCGUUGCGAUACUCUUCAUGUUCGAUUUGACGAGGAAAAGCACCCUAAACAGCAUCAAGGAGUGGUACCGCCAAGGACGAGGCUUCAACAAGACGGCCAUACCAAUAUUAGUCGGCACCAAAUACGACCAUUUCGUGAACUUUCCGCGGGAAGACCAAGAGGAGAUUUCGAAUCAGGCUCGUCGAUUUGCAAAGGCGAUGCGUGCUGCCCUAAUAUUUAGCAGCACCAGCCAUAGCAUCAAUGUUCAGAAGAUUUUUAAAAUUGUACUCUCAAAGGCUUUUGACUUGAAGUGCACAAUUCCGGAAAUUGAGAAUGUCGGCGAGCCACUUCUCCUCUAUCAAUCCUGCUAG